UUGUUCUCCUUUGGAGUGUUCAGUCAGAGCUGAAGGCUUUAACAACAGCACAUCACUUCCACUCACCGCGUGUCGUUGGAGUCCCAGCGCUAUCUAGCUCUUCAUCUUCCUCCGCUAAGUUGUUUUAACUUCCUUGGCAAUGCGUCGGGAGUAUUAACUUUUAACUUGCGUGUGAGAAGGAGCAGGAGGAGAAGUAGGAGGAGGAGGUGGACUCGCGCGCACUCGAGCCUUGCUCAAUCACCCACUCGCUUGCUCCCACCCGGUCUUUUGUAUCCAGCAGCUGCGUGUACAUGCUCGGCCACUGGCACUCCAUGAGGGGCACUUUCUUUCAGCCUUCCUGCAGGGAUUCCUCGCGCGUAGAAGAGGGAUAACCCAAACUUCUACUACUAUAUCAUUUACUACUUCUACCAACACCGCCAUCACCACCAGGUUCCGCGGUGCACUUUGGAUUGUAAAGCCAAGAAAAGCACCCCGUAACCCGGUGCGCCCCAGUCUGGCGACCCCCUCUGCGGACUUUUGCCAUGGAUGUACGUUUUUACCCCAAUGCUGGAGGAAAUGCUAUUCCUGGAGAACCAGGAAACCUGGAUUUCUCCCACUGUUUGGGAUACUACAACUUCAACAAGUUCCAGAACAACAACUACAUGAACAUGUCAGAAGCAAAUGGCACCCUGCUGACUGCUGGUGAUACCUUUCACACACCCAGUCUUGGGGAUGAGGAAUUUGAGAUUCCCCCCAUCACACCUCCGCCAGAAAUAGAGUCAGGCCUCGGACUGUCUGAUGGGGAUUCGCCUUUCCACACCAUGCCAGAGCCUCCUGCCCAUCAGAGGGGCUCCCUGAUCCCUCAAUUCCCACCUCAAAGCUUGGAUCUACCCUCCAUCACAAUAUCGCGCAACAUGAUGGACCAGGAAGGGAUGGGAUUAAGCAAUGGCCAACCGGUGCAGAAUGCUGGACCGGCUCAUAUCCGCCAGUAUGCGGCUAACCCAACCAUGCUCAUGAAGUCCAUCGCCAACAUGAGUGGCCCGAAUGGGAUGAUUUCACGUAAUCAGCUGACCACCAUCAACCAGUCGCAUCUCAACACACAGCUGAACCUGAACAUUGGCGGAACCAACAUUGCCCACACUUCGCCGUCGCCUCCAGCCAGCAAGUCUGCCACACCAUCACCCUCCAGCUCCAUCAACGAAGACGAGCAGGACGACAGUAACAGGGUGGUUGGCGAGAAGAGACCGGCACCUAUCGAUCCCACGAAAAAGCCCAAGACGCCCAAAAAGAAGAAGAAGAAGGAUCCCAAUGAGCCUCAGAAGCCAGUGUCUGCAUACGCUCUGUUCUUCAGAGACACCCAGGCCGCCAUCAAGGGUCAGAACCCCAAUGCCACCUUUGGUGAAGUGUCCAAGAUAGUGGCGUCUAUGUGGGACGGUCUAGGGGAGGAACAGAAACAGGUGUACAAAAGCAAAACCGAAGCUGCCAAGAAAGAGUACUUAAAGGCUCUGGCUGCAUACCGUGCUAGUCUGGUAUCCAAGGCUGCAGCGGAAUCUGCUGAAGCACAGACAAUCCGCUCUGUACAGCAGACCCUGGCUUCCACCAGCCUUUCUCCAGGCCUGGUGCUGCCUUCACCACUCAUUCAGCACCCCUCCAUGCCCUCGUCCUCCCAAGCCCUCCAACAAGCCCUACCCCGAGCCAUCGCCCCAAAGCCUCUGCAAAUGAGACUCGGAGGCAGUCAAAUUGUCACUUCGGUCACAGUUUCCCAUCAGAACAUGUCCCCGGUGAUGCCGCAAAUGCUAAGUCAGAUGGGCUCCGGCGGGACCAUGGCGCAUUCUGCGGCCGCCUCACAAAUGAGCCCACCCAUGCAGCAUCAGCAGCAUACCAUGCAGCAGCAAAUGCAACAGCACCUCCAACACCAUCAGAUGCAGCAGCAGCAGAUGCACCACCAGCAGAUCCAGCAGCAGAUGCAGCAUCAGCACUUCCAGCACCACCUCCAACAGCAGCUCCAACAGCACCACAUCCACCAACAGCAACAACAGCAACAGCAGCAACAGCACUUGCAAAUGCAGCACAUGCAAAUGCAGCAGCAAAUGCAUCAGCAGCAAAUGCAACAUCUUCAACAACACCAGUCCCAGUGUUCCCCGCCGCAGCACUCGCCCGGCACACCUCAUUCUGUGGGCUCUGCGUCGCUCGGCAGCCCCCAGCCGGCUCCUCAGCAGCAAAAUCCUCCACCGCAGCAACACCCCUCCCAGAUCCAGGCCCACGCCCACGCCCAGGUCCUUUCCCAAGUCAGCAUUUUCUGAGCCAAAAUCCUCCAAGGACAUUAGAAUAAAAGCAUCAGUUCAGGUUGCUUUUCAGAGUUGCACUUAAGAAGUGUGUCACAUUUUAGAAUGUUAUAUACCAAGAAGAACCAGUGUCCAUUGUUAUAGACGGAUAUGCUCUCACUUGUAAAUGUGAGGCCAAAAGGGUUUGAUGGGGUAUCGUCCAAGCUAGGACAGCGUUUACAGACACUCCCUAAUUUAUGAACAAAUUACGUUCCAGAAGACUGAACUGUUCUUUUCCACUUUUUCAAUUUCUACUACAUGUACCUGUUCAUCAAAAAUAAAACCAAUGAACUAGAGAUGCACGAUAAUAUCGGUCACCGAUAAUUAUCGGCCGAUAAUGGCAAUUAUGACGUCACACAGAUAAUGCAGAUAAAACGAAAUUCAACCGAUAAUGCAAUCCGAUAAUUAUAUACUUGAUUUAGCCUCCAAAUGUGAGCAAUCAACAAUUUUGUCCAAUUCUGCUAGUUUUAAGGAGGUAUUUUUGCAGUGUAGUAAUGUGAUAUAUGUUAGGAAUGGCUUACUUUGAAAGGCAUUUUUGUGCAACUUGGUUGUUUACUCUCCAAGUAAUUGUUGCCAAAAGCUUACCAUUACACAAUGUCAUUGCCAUUGUUUAGAUGUUAGAAUUUACUACUUGAUCACAUUUGAUGUGGAAAAAAAUAGCACUAAAUUACAUUUUUGCACAGUAACAUUUGAUCUUUGUACACUUUAAAAUUUUACAUAUUUGAAUAGAAUUAUCGGCGUGACAUUAUCGGUUAUCGGGUGGAAGGGGCAGGAAAUUAUCGGUUAUCGAUAUCGGUUGGAAAAUGUAUUAUCGUGCAUCGCUACAAUGCACACAUUAUAAAUGUAUGUUUCUAAUGACUUUAAUGUUGCAAGUCAAGGUACCAUUGUAAUGUAAAACAUUAAUGUUCUCUGAUCUUGCCUUUGAUAUAACAACUAUAGGAAAGUGGCAUAAACCUAUUUCGAUUCGACGUGUUUUUGAGAAAUAAUCCAUGACAGUUUGAACCAGUUUUCUCUUUUUCCUCAACAUAAAUACAUGUUUUUUGUUUUGUUUUGUUUUGUUUUUUUACAGUUGUUAACGCAUGAAACUUCAUCUUCGGUUCCCCUUUGUGUGAUUUAAAACGUUAUGUUCAUGUUUGUUUUACUGAAUGGAUUCUUUCCUUGGCCGUUUCUCAAUAUGUGUCCAUACUUGUGUUCUCAUGUGAUCGUGAUCUUGAGUGCUCGUGAAACGUCAUCAGACCCGGACCGACUACUGUUCCAUGACUAAGUUCGCAUUAAAGUCCCCGGAUGUUGUCCUCGAACCAGUCAGCAGACUCGAGCGUUUUCUUGGAGUUUAGAUUCAUUUGCAGCAAAACAAGCGAGCAAUCAGCGAGUGAGUACUGAAGUACCCAAGCAAAGCAUUCAACAUUUUCCCGUUCUUGCCAAGUUUGUACUUUUUGUGUUCUUAGAUUAUAAAGUACUUCCCAAGAACACAUAUUCUUGUACUUGAGUAUUGAGAAAUGGCCUUAACUUUAUGCUCUUGCUUUCACCGCAUCUGUUGUAGGCCCAAGUUCUUUAUUUUACAUGGAAGUGUUUGUAUGUUUGAAAUAUGUCUCAUGUAAGAUGAGAAGUUCGUAAGUACGGGAGUUUCUGUAUUCGUUUGUUUGGGACAUCUUUUAAUUGUCAGUGUGUACGCCAUGUGACUGUCACUGUUUUUUAUUUAACGCAAAAGCUUUAUUUAUGAAGACCAGAGGCGAUGACAAACGAGAGGGACGCUCGUGAAGUGGCGACUGAUUGGACUGGUCACAAGUUGACCUGAAAGAUCACGUUUCUGUCACCUUGUUGUCUGAGUGUAGAUGUUAUCUGCUGUAUAUGUUUGUGUAGAAGCAGGGCUGUUACUGCCCCCCCAUUCGCUCAUAAUGUCCUGCAUUUUGACAUUUCACGACACCUGUUAAAAAAUUUAAAUGUUUUUUUUCCUUACAAAAAAUAUUUUCUGAUCCAUUUCUCAAGGCAGACACUUUGGAGGAGAGUUAUGUAUUUUUACCUUGAAAAUAAAAAAAUAAAUGAAUAAUACAAAUAUAGCAGAGCCAGUUUUCUGCUGCACUGCCAAAGCCAACUGCAAAGUAAUUAAAAAUUAAAAAAAAAAAAAAAAGUAUUGGAGGUAUUUUUGCCAGUUGUACAGUUAACCCUAAUGUAAGUUACAAAAAAAAAAAAAAAUCAAGAAAAUGUUGUACAUUUUUCAUAUCACUUGUUGUAAAGUUUUAAUAUGUGAGGCUUUAAUGAAAACAUUGUUCAAAUGACCUGUGGAUUGCUAUAUCACAUCAUACAUUUUCUGCUCUUUUUCUACUUUUUUUAUGAGUUACAAAAUAGCAACAAUCAGUUUUUCUUACUACCUUCGCUUUGCCAUACAAGUAGACAAGACAGCAACGAAAUCAGACAUUCCAUUACAUCUAACAGUAGCCAUAUUUUUUUUUGUAUGAAGUAUAUAUUUCUGUGUGUUCAGAAUUAAACUAUCAAUCACAAAUAUUUAUUUGAAAGGGUCCCUUUUGUUUCAGGAGUUCUGUCUUCUAUCUUGUUAGCUACUGAAAAUAAACACUGAU